AUGUCAACUUGGAGCUGCGUGGAGUCUCGUGAAAGUCUCGUCUCUUUUCUCCUCUCACGGCGCACUGCCACCUCCGUGGAUGUGUGGUUGUUGUCUUGUUGUGUGACAGCCACGAAGCCGGCUCAGAUGCACCGGUAUUGUGCUGAAGAGAGCAUCAGGCCAGGUCAAAAUGGAGGCUAUGGUUGUGGUUGUGGUUGCGGUUGGAUGGGGAAGAUUGACAUAGGCAACCCACUCGUUCUGGUUGUGGUGUUUUUGUCCGUCUAUCCAGUUGGUCUUGUUUGCCUUGUUUGUAUUUGCCUAUUUUUCUGUUCUUUAUGUUGUGUGUGUUGGUGCGCUUGUCAUGUUUAUGUUGUGCUGUCUGCAUUGCUGGCGUUGCUUGUGUCGUCUGUGUUGUCUGCUUUGGGAUGUGAUGUUUAUGAUGUUUGUGGUGUUUGUGGUGUUUGUGGUGUUUGUUGGUUAAUUUGUUAUCCAACCUUUUCGCAAGCUGCCAGGAGGGCAAAAUCAGGAAACGAGUGGAAUUGUCCAGUUGUCUAUCCCACGUCCGAUAGCAAACUCCCCUAG